AGAUGGUGAUGCCCAGUCACUUAAGGAGCAUCUUAUUGAUGAAUUGGAUUACAUACUGUUGCCAACUGAAGGUUGGAAUAAACUUGUCAGCUGGUACACAUUGAUGGAAGGUCAAGAGCCAAUAGCACGAAAGCACGUUAUACACUAGCAGUCUUCAGUAUGGUAAACAGAUCAACUGCCAACUUCAUUGCCGUUACUCUUUGAAGUAUUCCUCACUGAGAGUUCUUGAAACCUCUGUGUAAUAACAAAGUAAAAUAUAAUAAAAAAUUUCACACAAGUAGAAAGAAAAAACAUUUGACAAAUCUCUUAGGAGACCGCAUACUUAUUUUUAAUAAGAUAAAUGAAAUAUAUUCAACCUGUAAAAUCGUUUGCAAAUGUUCAUAUGCUACAUUACAUUGCCUGGAGUUGUUAUUACAGAUGCAAUUUCCUACAACAUUAAAUCUGCAGUAAAAUUUAAUUAAUUACACUUAAAUUUGGGAAUUUCAUUUGCAUUUUCACUGUGCCCCACAUGACUGAUGCAGGUGGAACUCAAAGAAGUACAUAGAACAGCUUAUAGUGUCUGAAGCCCAACUUUGAAUAUUACCCAUCUCUGAUUGCAUUAAAGAAUCUAGGAUUGGUGGUUCCCUUAGCUAUAAUGCAGAAACAAAGUUAAACAUCUUCCUGUACCUCAAAGAUCUCUAAAAUGUGUAAUUUAUAGUGUCAACACUCAAAGAAUGGAGACGAAAAGAAAGCAGGGAUAUAAGCAGAAAAUACAACGGAAUCAAAAUCCAAGAGAAACAGCAGACAAUAGAAACAGACCCAUAAGAAACCCAAGUAAUUGAGUUAUUAGAUUUUAGAAUACUGGGCUUAGUAUGCUCAAAAAAAAAAAAAGAAGUAGGGCAAAACUAUUAAAGAAGAAGCAAAUAGAAUUCUAAAACUAAUAAUAUGAAAAUUUUGUGGAUUUAAUGUUUAGGAAAAAAAUUAUUAGACCAAACAGAACUGAAGAGAAAAUUUGUAAACUAAAUGAUUUGUCAGUAGAAAAUACAGAGUCUAAAGCUUAGAGAGACAAAAGAAUAGAAAAUACAUAAAAAAGCUAAGGCAUAAAUGGAAUGCGGUAAAUAAGUUUAACAUGCAUACAUGUAGUUGGAAUCUUGGAGAGGAAAGAAAGAAUGAGUAGAACUAAUACUUACGGAGGUAAUAGCUGAGAAUUUUCCCAAGCUGAGAAAGGUGUCAUGCUUUAGAUUAAAGAAAUGCUAUGAAUCUCAAACUGAAAUAAUACAAACAAAACAGUACGCAGUACAAAUGUUCAAAAGCAGAGGCAAAAAGAUAUUUCUAAUAAUAGCCAGAGAAAAACAUAUUAUCUUCAAAAUAAGGAUAAGACAAAGUAAUGAUUUCUCAAGAGAAACUGUGAAAGCCAGAAAACAAUAGACUUUGAUAUGUUAAAAGAAAAUAACUGCCAAUAUAGGAUUCUGUGACUAAGAAAAUAAUCCUUGAGGGAUGACGGUGAAAAAAGCGAUUUUCAAAUAAAAACUAAUAUAAUUUGUUACCUGCAGACUUGUACUAAAAGCACUACAAAAUAAUCUUAAGAAAGGAAGGAAAAUUAUUCCAGUUGUAAGCUUGGAGAUGCAGGAAAACAGUGUAGACUGACAAAAUGUAAAUGUUGUGAAUAAAUCUUAAGAUGGACUGUUGAAAACAUUGAUAAUAAUUUUUAUGGAGUUGAAAAUGCAUGUAAAAUUAAACUAUGCAAUAGUGUUAGCAUGUAAGUUAAGAUAAUAUUCUCCACUAUGUUCCCCAGUGAUCCCCAACUCCUCAUAUCCAUAUUCUUGGGCACUCUUCUUCCAUGUUGUACUGAGGUUGGUCUGUGUGGCCAAUAGCAUAUAGCAGUACUCAUGAUACAUUGCUUUCAAGAUUAGGUUAUAAAAAAACACUGCGGCUUACAUCUUAGGUGCACACGCACUCUAGCUGUCUCUCUUUCUCAUUUCUCACUCGGGGGAAUUCAACUGCAUAUGGCGAGGACACUCAGGCAGCCUAUGGAGAGGCCCACAUGGUGAGGAACUGAGAUCUCUGGCCAAUAGAGAGGAACGGAGGCCUGCAACAACCAUAUGACAAAUUUCUGAACUCCAAGUUGCUAAAAUGAAUUGAGACUAGUCGGGGCCUUUGGAAGAGGUGGUUGAACAGGGUAUGUUUGUAAAGCACUGCAAAGUAGAAGUAUAUCUCACAGAAUUGAAGCUAUGUGAAAAUGGAAACAUGAACAAUGUUGUAACUCGAAGAUUUAGCAAAGCUGACACAAUAGAUACAAUUGAAAAGGAAAUAAGAAAAAUCUUCAGUAUUCCAGAUGAAAAGGAGACCAGAUUGUGGAACAAAUACAUGAGUAAUACAUUUGAACCACUGAAUAAACCAGACAGCACCAUUCAGGAUGCUGGUUUAUACCAAGGACAGGUAUUAGUGAUAGAACAGAAAAAUGAAGAUGGAACAUGGCCAAGGGGUCCUUCUACUCCUAAGUCCCCAGGUGCAUCCAAUUUUUCAACUUUACCAAAGAUCUCUCCUUCAUCUCUAUCAAAUAAUUAUAACAACAUGAACAACAGAAAUGUGAAAAACUCAAAUUACUGUCUCCCAUCAUAUACUGCUUAUAAGAACUAUGAUUAUUCAGAACCUGGAAGAAACAAUGAACAGCCAGGUCUCUGUGGCCUAAGUAACUUGGGAAAUACGUGUUUCAUGAAUUCAGCUAUUCAGUGCUUGAGCAACACACCUCCACUUACUGAGUAUUUCCUCAAUGAUAAGUAUCAAGAAGAACUGAAUUUUGACAAUCCCUUAGGAAUGAGAGGUGAAAUAGCUAAAUCUUAUGCCGAACUGAUCAAGCAAAUGUGGUCUGGAAAGUUUAGCUACGUCACCCCAAGAGCCUUUAAGACACAGGUAGGACGUUUUGCACCUCAGUUCUCUGGAUAUCAGCAGCAAGACUGUCAAGAACUAUUAGCUUUCCUAUUAGAUGGAUUACAUGAGGAUUUGAAUAGAAUUAGGAAAAAACCAUAUAUACAAUUAAAAGAUGCAGAUGGAAGGCCAGAUAAGGUAGUUGCCGAAGAAGCCUGGGAAAACCAUUUAAAACGAAAUGAUUCUAUCAUAGUAGAUAUAUUUCAUGGCCUUUUCAAAUCAACUUUAGUUUGUCCUGAGUGUGCUAAGAUUUCAGUAACAUUUGAUCCUUUUUGUUACUUGACACUUCCAUUGCCCAUGAAAAAAGAACGCACUUUGGAAGUUUACUUAGUUAGAAUGGAUCCGCUUACCAAACCUAUGCAGUACAAAGUGGUUGUCCCCAAAAUUGGAAACAUAUUAGAUCUUUGUACAGCAUUGUCUGCUUUGUCAGGAAUACCUGCAGAUAAGAUGAUAGUUACUGAUAUAUACAAUCAUAGAUUUCACAGAAUAUUCGCUAUGGAUGAAAACCUUAGUAGUAUUAUGGAACGGGAUGAUAUUUAUGUGUUUGAAAUUAACAUCAAUAGGACAGAAGAUACAGAGCACGUGAUUAUUCCUGUUUGCCUAAGAGAAAAAUUCAGACACUCAAGUUAUACCCACCAUACUGGUUCUUCACUUUUUGGUCAGCCUUUUCUUAUGGCUGUACCACGAAACAAUACUGAAGACAAACUUUAUAAUCUCCUGCUCUUGAGAAUGUGCCGAUAUGUCAAAAUAUCUACUGAAACUGAAGAAACUGAAGGAUCCCUACACUGCUGUAAGGACCAAAAUAUUAAUGGGAAUGGCCCAAAUGGCAUACAUGAAGAAGGCUCACCAAGUGAAAUGGAAACAGAUGAGCCAGAUGAUGAAUCCAGCCAGGAUCAAGAACUUCCCUCAGAGAAUGAAAACAGUCAGUCUGAAGAUUCAGUUGGAGGAGAUAAUGAUUCUGAAAAUGGAUUAUGUACGGAGGACACUUGCAAAGGUCAACUCACGGGACACAAAAAACGAUUGUUUACAUUCCAGUUCAACAACUUAGGCAAUACUGAUAUCAACUACAUCAAAGAUGAUACCAGGCAUAUAAGAUUUGAUGAUAGGCAGCUUAGGCUAGAUGAAAGAUCUUUUCUUGCUUUGGAUUGGGAUCCUGAUUUGAAAAAAAGAUAUUUUGAUGAAAAUGCUGCUGAGGACUUUGAAAAACAUGAAAGUGUGGAGUAUAAACCUCCUAAAAAACCCUUUGUGAAAUUAAAAGAUUGCAUUGAACUUUUUACAACAAAAGAAAAGCUAGGUGCUGAAGAUCCCUGGUAUUGUCCGAAUUGUAAAGAACAUCAGCAAGCCACAAAGAAAUUGGAUUUAUGGUCCUUGCCUCCAGUACUUGUAGUACAUCUCAAGCGAUUUUCUUACAGUCGAUACAUGAGAGACAAGUUGGAUACCUUAGUUGAUUUUCCUAUCAAUGACUUGGAUAUGUCGGAAUUCUUAAUUAAUCCAAAUGCAGGUCCUUGCCGCUAUAAUUUGAUUGCUGUUUCCAACCACUAUGGAGGGAUGGGAGGAGGACACUAUACUGCUUUUGCAAAAAAUAAAGAUGAUGGAAAAUGGUACUAUUUUGAUGACAGUAGUGUCUCCACUGCAUCCGAAGACCAAAUUGUGUCCAAAGCAGCAUAUGUACUCUUCUACCAGAGACAAGACACUUUCAGUGGAACUGGCUUUUUUCCUCUUGACCGAGAAACUAAAGGUGCUUCAGCUGCCACUGGCAUCCCAUUAGAAAGUGAUGAAGAUAGCAAUGAUAAUGACAAUGAUAUAGAAAAUGAAAACUGUAUGCACACUAACUAAUGAAAGUCCUAGAAGCCAUAAAAGAGAGACUUUCCUGCUGGUGGUAUCUAUGGAAAUGAUGAAGUUACCCACCACAUUAAAACAAAAGUCUGAGAUGGGGAGUUUCAGAUAACCGAAUGUAAAUCCUUUAUCAGAUUUUAACUUGUGCAGUACUUGAAGUGAAACACAAUGAAAACUUUAACAGAAAUUGUCUCUUAAUACAUUUACAGUCUUGUAUUUACAAGCUAAAUAUAUAUAGGAAAUCACAAAUAAAUCCCUUUUAAGUUUGCUGCUGUUUUGAUUAAUUAUGUUUCCUUUAAUUUUUUGGAUGUGAGUUGAUGACAAAUGUUAAAUUUGUGGAUGUUGGUCCUUUAUUUUGCUCUAAUAAUACUGCAAGAAAACUAUGGCUGAACUUAGUUUUUGGAUAAUCUAGUUCAUGUGCAUUAGGCUGCCAUACAUACUACUAUGAUAUUUAGCUGCAGUAUCAAUGUGGCAUAAAUACUGCGGCAGCGUUCUUCAAAAACCACAGUUUCAAAUUUAUCCCGGUAAUCAAUGUGGGCCUAUUAAAAAACCAAAUCAUGAUAUGAGAAACAACCUUGGAAAAGCUAUUUCCUUUUGUGGUACCAUUAAAAAUCCAGAAUAUUAUAUUCAUUUUACUGCCACUGUGGAAACAGGUUCUAGAUUUCAUACUCCAUCUAAAGUCAUUUUUCAGUUACAUGUAAGUAUUAUUUACUGCUAUUGGGAUCUAUUCUUCAGACAUUCAGAAACAUUUUUUGCUUUAAAAUGCAUAUCUUUAAUUGGGUGUUGGUCCAAAAUUAAAAUUUUUGCUGUCUGUUUUUCUCUACCCCAUUUUGUGGUAAUUUGGCAACUUUAGCUCUUCCAGUUAUUGUAAUAUAAGGACAGACUUAAUAGUAUUCUGUAUCCAUAGUAAUAAUUGCAUCAAACUUAAAUGAGAAAUUUUUUUCAUAUACUGGCCUUUAAAUCAUUAAUGGACAAUUGGCUAUAAAGGUAGGUCUGUUAACUUUCUUUGUGUGUUCCUGAUGGAAUUCACCAUAGCCUUACAGCUUUUCUCAGAAGGUAACUUGUUAUAAGAGAAAUGGCAUUUGCAUGUUCCAGAGUCAGAACCUGUACAGUAUAUACAGCAUAAACACCUUGAAUUUGAUUUUAGUUCACCACAUUCAAGGAUCCAGGAUGCCAAAAAUAUGUGUGAACAUUUGAAACAUUUUUAUUUGCUGCUUUUUCCCUUUGAUCUAGUUGAAAGAAUGUAUUGUAAAUUGGCAUACAAUACUGCCUUUAAUAGAAAACCUAAAUGCUGGGGCACAUUUCACAUAUCGACUACCUGAGAAAUUGCUUUGUGUCCCACUGUUAUUAAAGCAAAAAGUAUAAUGUUCUUCACUUGAACUAAUCAAAUACAAUAGAUUAUAAAUUGUGUAUUGUAAAUAAAAGUUCACUCUGUGAGUGCACAUUUUGGUAAAUUAUUUAUUUAUGUUAGCAUUUAAAAGUUUAAAAAAAAAAUGCAUUUGACCAGGAUAAAUGAGGUAUGUUGAUCAUGGCUUUGCUUUAUAUCUUGAUAUUAAAGCUGGUUUAUCAUCCUGGUAUUUUAAAAGCUGCUUUGGGUUUUUUGUUUUUUGGGUUUUUUUUCUUUUUUUCUUUUUUAAUGUAAACUAACCUCCUGCAUGACAGAGGUUAAAAUUUUGUCUGCACUUGAGUUCACUUGAGUUUACAUUUGAAAUGUGCAUGUUUAUUUAUACAGAUUUCAAUAAAGCUAUUCAAGGCCUUA